CUGCCUUCCACUCAGCUCUGCAGUCUUGACAUCUAAUUAAGAAUAGUGAACAGUAGCAGAUACAAUCAUGUCAUCUAAGAGAGUACCGUUCUACCAAAAAUCGCACAAGCAUUUUGAUCUGUCUUAUCGCAGCCGUGAUACUAGACAGAUGCUCCAGGAAUAUUCAGCAAGGAGGGCUGCUUCUAGACAGGCCUACCAAACAUCAUCCAGCCUAGGCAAAACAACAUGCGUACUUUGUGCCCGGAAGCUCCAUACAGCAUCUGAAGUGGCCUCACAGGAAGUGGCCUCACAGGAAUACCAGGAAAGGAGUCAGGAGCAAAAGUCUUUGCACUGGAGUGAGCAGAGGAGGAUCCGAUACGUCAAGAGUUUGGCUGCUUUAGAGGAUGAGCUUCGAAUAGCCCGACUCCUUGCUAGAGAACAAUUGGAUAAAGUUGCCAUACAGAGGAUGGUAGAGGAGAAAAUGGCCUUGGAAAGGUAUGUGGCUGAAGAAAGCAUCAUCCGAGCUCCGGAAUUUUUAGUGCGGCUGAGAUCUCAUACUGUGUGGGAAAGGAUGUCCGUCAGGCUUUAUUGUACUGUCCAAGGAUUUCCCACCCCUGUUGUACAAUGGUACAAAAAUGAAGAAUUGAUUACUCCUGCAAGUGAGCCCGGGAAGUAUACCAUCGAAAGCAAAUAUGGAGUGCAUGUGUUGGAUAUAAACAGGGCUCACUAUGAUGACACAGCUACCUACACUGCAGUGGCAACAAAUGCACACGGACAAGCCUCAACCAACGCCGCUGUGAUUGUGAGAAGAUACAGAGGGGAUGAAGAACCGUACCCUGCUGGAAUAUUUCCCUAUCGCUUGCCACUGCCAGAUGAAAUCUGUUACACACAUUUUGAAGUUCAGUUUUUGGAGAGGUUUGGAGUCACCUUUGGGAUGGAGGGGGAAACACUUACUUUAAGGUGUAAGAUCUUGGUCACACCAGAACUGAAGCGUCUCCAUCCUCGGGUUGAAUGGUACAGAGAUGAUGUGCUAAUCAAGGAAUCCAAGUGGACAAAACCCUACUAUGGUGAUGGACAAGCAGCACUGUCUUUCUCUCAUUUGCACAAAGAUGAUGAAGGCUUGUACACCCUGCGCAUAAUUUCCAGAGGCGGAGUGCAUGAAUAUAGUGCAUUUCUGUUUGUCAGAGUGAUGGGGGCCCCAGGGGCACCAAUGGAUGUGAGCUGCCAUGAUGCCAACAGAGAUUAUGUUAUUGUUACUUGGAAACCACCAAAUACAACCCAUGAAGCUCCAGUGAUCGGCUAUUUUGUGGACAGAUGUGAAGUGGGUACCGAAAACUGGGUGCAAUGCAAUGACGCUCCUGUAAAAAUCUGCAAAUAUCCAGUGACUGGCUUGUUGGAAGGGCGUUCCUACAUUUUCCGAGUGAGGGCCGUCAACCAGGCAGGGAUCAGUCGGCCCUCAAGAUCCUCUGAUGCUGUGGCAGCUCUUGACCCCAUGGACCUGGAGAGGUCACAGUCUAUUCACAUGGAAGGAGGCAGGGACAUUAUCCUUCAUGACUUUGAAGGUGAUGUUAAAAUCCCUGGACCUCCCACCAACGUGCAUGCUUCAGAAACCAGCAGAACAUAUGUCGUUCUCAGUUGGGACCCACCUGUUCCUCGUGGCAGAGACCCACUGUCAUAUUUCAUCGAGAAGUCUGUUGUUGGCAGUGGGAGUUGGCAGAGGGUCAACGCUCAAGUGCCAGUCCGAUCCCCUCGUUAUGCGGUUUUUGAUCUCGCGGAAGGGAAACCCUAUGUUUUCCGAGUUUUUUCAGCCAACAAGCAUGGGAUUAGUGAUCCAUCUGAAAUAACAGCACCUAUUCAAGCAAAAGAGGCCAUUGUGGCGCCAUCAGCUCCUGGACGUGUUGUUGCGACAAGAAACACAAAAACCUCUGUUAUUGUGAACUGGGACAAGCCAAAACAUGAAGAAGAUCUGAUCGGCUAUUACCUUGAUUAUUCUGUGGUAGGAUCAAAUCAUUGGGAAUCCUGUAACCAUAAGCCAAUCAAGUAUAACAGGUUCACCAUGCACGGCCUGACAACAGGAGAGAAAUACAUCUUCCGUGUGAAAGCAGCAAAUGCAGUGGGGAUGAGUGAAAAUUCGCAGGAGUCUGACUCCAUCACAGUACAGGCGGCCCUCACUUGCCCGUCCUAUCCUUAUGGCAUCACCCUUCUCAACUGUGAUGGCCAAUCCAUGACCAUUGGCUGGAAGCUUCCAAGAUACAGCGGUGGAUCAAAUAUUCUGGGUUAUUACCUAGACAAACGGGAGGCAGAACACCACAACUGGCAUGAAGUCAACUCUUCCCUUAUUAAAGAAAGGAUUUAUAAGGUAGAGGAUUUGCAAGAAAAUGCAUACUACGAAUUCAAGAUUGCUGCUGCAAAUAUUACUGGUGUAGGGAAAUCGUCUGAACCCAGCGAGCUUUACAAAUGUGAGGCUUGGAACAUGCCAGAACCAGGUCCUCCCUAUGAUCUUACAUUUUGUGAGAUUAGAAAUACCUCCCUUGUAAUACUCUGGAAAGCUCCUAUUUAUAUUGGGAACAGCCCUGUUACUGGAUAUUUUGUUGACUACAAAGAGGAAGAAGAGGAACAUUGGACCACAUUCAAUGAGAAACCAACACCGCACCAUUACUUAAAGGUCACAGAGCUACAUGAAGGCAAAUGCUACGUAUUUCGAGUUCGUCCAGUGAACGAUGCUGGCAUAGGGAAAGCAUCUGAUAUUUCUGAAGCUGUUCUUGUACAGGCUAAGCCUGAUACAAAGGAGAUCAGUGCUGGUGUGGAUGAAGAAGGCAAUAUUUAUCUUGAGUUUGACUGCAAAGAAAUUACAGAUGCCUCUCAUUUUACCUGGAGUAAAUUCUAUGAAGAGAUAGAUGAUCCCAAUAAAUUUAAUAUUGAAACCCUUGGAGAUCACUCUAAACUCUAUUUUAAAAAUCCUGACAAAGAUGAUUUGGGAACUUACUCGGUUGCUGUUAGUGAUACUGAUGGGAUCUCAUCUAGUUUCAUUAUGGAUGAAGAAGAGCUUGGACGUUUGAUGAUGCUAAGCCGCGAAAUCAAGAAUCCGACUAUUCCUUUGAAGUCUGAAUUAGCCUAUGAGAUUUUAGACAAAGGAGAAGUGCGUUUCUGGAUUCAGACUGAGAGCCUUUCACCUGAGGCCACCUAUCGAUUUAUAAUCAAUGAUAGUGAAAUUUCCAAUAGUGAUACACAUAAGAUUAAGUGCGAUCAUACAACGGGCACUAUUGAGAUGGUUAUGGACCACUUUACUCUUGAAAAUGAAGGUACCUACACGGUUCAGCUUCAAGAUGGGAAAGCCAAGGGCCAAUCCUCUUUGGUUCUGAUUGGUGAUGCUUUUAAGGCUAUUUUGGCUGAGGCCCAAUUGCAGAGAAAAGAAUUCCUAAGGAAACAAGGUCCUCAUUUUGAGGAGUAUUUGCACUGGGAAGUUACUGAUGAAUGUGAAGUCCUGCUGCUGUGUAAGGUCGCAAAUACCAAGAAGGAGACUUUUAUGCAGUGGUACCGAGAUGGAGCUGGGGUGAAUGUCAAAGAGCCACCUGAUUUUCAAAAAGGUGUUUGCUGCCUGACUAUUCCAAAGCUGUCCAAAAAGGACCAAGGUGAAUAUAAGGCAACACUGUCAGAUGACAGAGGCCAGGAUAUUUCUGAACUUGACAUAUCAGGGAAAGUAUAUGAUGAUAUUAUCCAGGGAUUGAGUAGAAUCAGUGGUAAAUCAGCUUCUCCUUUGAAGAUCCACUGUACUCCAGAAGGAAUAAGGCUGCAGUGUUUCUUGAAAUAUUACAUGGAGGAAAUGAAAUCAAGCUGGUAUCACAAGGAAGCUAAGGUUUCUUCAAGUGAAAAGAUGAGAAUUGGUGGUAGUGAUGAAGUCGCAUGGAUACAGAUAUGUGAGCCUACCGAAAAAGAUAAAGGGAAAUAUACUUUUGAGCUGUCUGAUGGCAAGGAAACCCACAAACGGACCCUUGAUCUAUCUGGGCAAGCUUUCGAUGAGGCCUAUGAAGAAUUCCAGCGGCUCAAGGCAGCUGCUUUUGCUGAGAAAAAUCGUGGGAAAGUGGUUGGUGGUUUGCCGGAUGUUGUGACCAUAAUGGAAGACAAGACCCUGAAUCUGACUUGCACGGUGUUUGGUAGUCCUGAUCCUGAAGUGAUGUGGUUUAAGAAUGACAGGGAACUUGAACUGAGCGAUCAUUACAUAGCUAAACUGGAACAAGGGAAGCAUGCCAGUUUGGUAAUUAAGGGGGUGUCAUCAGAAGAUUCUGGAAAAUACAGCAUCAGUGUCAAGAACAAGUACGGGGGUGAGAUAGUCGAUGUCACCAUCAGCGUGUAUAAGCACGGGGAAGAGAUACCUGACGUUAAACCUCACUCAAGUGAUAGAGUAAGAGAGAUACCUGCGAAACCAGCUGAAUAAUCAUAACCAACAAGAAAUAUGUUGGAAAACGAGUGUGCUUGAUGAACAAAAGGCUUGAGAGAAGCUGUAGUUUUGUUUGUGUAGUAGUUCUGCAAAAGAAAACUGGCGAUGUUUAGGAGACAGUUAUGUGUUGUUUUUCUGAAGUUUUUCUGAUCUUGGUCUCUUUUUCUUAUAAUGCCAACUUAUAAUGCCAUCACAAUUGGCAAUGACAUCACUCUGAAUAGGAGUGUCUCACGGCUUGCCAGGAAUAAUUACGGCAGCUGUCACGAGCGUCUAUGUAUUUCGAUCAUGGUUCUUUCUAUCCAUGAAUUGCAAUGCUCUGUCAUGCAAAGCGGAAACCGGGAACUGCUUAGCUAUAGAUCAGGAACCCCACUUUUUAAUCUGAGCUGUGAACUCUCGUGGCUUUUUGUAAAACCCUGCUGAACUCAAAACGCUGCAGCGAUGUCAACAAAUCCAGGACAGCAGCUGGAAAUAAAUCAGAGGAACUGAACACGUGACCUUCUAAGUUAUCCUUUGUGGCAUUGCUGUUUUGUAGUGCAAGCAAAUCUUUAGUCAUACUUUACAAUCACCACGGACUCAUUUAAACCAUAAGUUUCA